GCCAUGUGGUGGUUCCAGCAGGGCCUGUCCCUGCUGCCCGUGGCCCUGGUGGUGUGGUCAGCAGCCUCCUUCCUGCUCUCCUACGUCACUGCCACCGUCCUGCACCACGUGGACCCCCUGGUGCCCUACAUCAGCGACACAGGGACGAUUCCACCUGAAAGGUGCCUGUUUGGGAUCAUGUUGAACGUUUCCACCUUCCUGGGGGUGGCCACCAUGUACGUGCGGUACAAGCAGGUGAGUGCCCUGAUCCCAGAGAAUUCCAGGAUGCUCCGGCUCAACAGGAUCGGCCUCACCCUGGGCUGGGUCAGCUGCUUUGGCCUCUGCAUCAUCGCCAACUUCCAGAAAUGCAUCCUGUACUACAUCCACGUGCUGGGAGCCUGCCUGACCUUCGGCGUGGGAGCCAUUUACAUGCUGCUCCAGACCGUCCUGUCCUUCCGCAUGCAGCCGCAAUUCCACGGCAAGGGAAUCUUCUGGGCACGCCUGGCCGUGCUGCUCUGGAGCGCCUGCAGCAUCUGCAGCAUGUUCGUGUCCUCGGUGCUGCUCUCCAGUGGCCUCUACGGACCAGGCCUGGUGCAGAAGCUGCACUGGGACCCCCAGGAGAGGGGAUACACCCCCCACAUGAUCAGCACCAUCUCCGAGUGGUCCUUGGCCUUCUCCUUCCUCAGCUUCUUCCUCACCUACAUCCGUGACUUCCAGAAGGUGUCCCUGGGGGCCGUGGUGACGCUGCAGGGCCAGGCCCCGUCCCCGCCGGGCUGGGGGCAGGAGGAGCAGGGGCUGCUCUUCCCAGGGAGCAUCUGA